UCACACCUAUUCUACGGUCGGUGUGAAAAAAGUGUACUUUUUGUCAAAACGAACAAACCUAAUUUAUAUAUCUGUGGCUGUAAACGUUAUCAUUAUACGUUAUCAUUUAUCCGGCCGGAUAAGAUGUGAUAAGAAUUGUGAAGCGCAUAAAAUCAUAAUAUUGUGUGUAUUAUGUGCAGAUAUCUGUAAUAUUAUAUGGUUAAAUUUUUGCAUUAAUAAAACGUUUAGAAAUAAUAUAACAGCUUUACUCACAUCGUUUAAUCGUAAUAAGCACUAUUUUUACUACAAUGUUAAGUAUAAUCAAACAAUCAAUAAGCUAUGCUAAUAUUUGUGGAUCACAAACUACUACAUUUGUACGCAGUCUGAAAUCGUGGCCAGGUGGAAUAAAAUAUCCAGGAUUUACUUAUUAUCCGAGAAAAGGUGAAAAAGAUCCACCAUAUGAACCAACAAAACUGUUAAUGGUUCAAAGAACGAAAUCAUACAUGUAUAAUCCGUAUUGGCAAAAGAAAAUUUUGACUGAUUUAGGAUUAGAUCACAAGUCGAGUGAUAUCGCUAUCGUUAAAAAUACACCAGAGAUGUGUGCUCGUUUAUGGAAAGUUAAACAUCUCAUCAAAAUCUUACCUCUCCAAACUCCCGAUGGACUACCUAAAGAUGGAGAUUAUUGGGGUACUUAUUUGGGCACCGAUGGAGUAUUUAGAGUAUCACAGCGUUUCCGCCCAGACCCUAAACAACUAGAAGCUACUGACAAUUUUGAAACACUCGAAAAACGAGUUGAUCGAGAAACCGUUGAAAGACAAUGUAAUCUUAAAUGGUUAAACCCUUGGUCUUCCAUUGUGUAAUUGGCAAUUUGAUUUUUUAAAAAUCACGUGUAGAAUAUUUUCUUAAAUGUUUAUGUUGUUUAUUUUACUAUUUGUACACAAGUUCAAAAAAUAUAAUAAUAGUGAUAUUAAUAAAUAACAAAAUCUAAAUUAUUUAUAAACAAUAAAUUUAUAAAAGACAAAU